CUCAGAGAUCUGCCUGCUUUUGCUUUUGUACUGCUGGGAUUCAAAGUGUGUGUGUUGGAACCAAACUUGGAUCCUCUGUAAGAAUACUCAAUGCUUUAAACCACUAAGCCGUCUUUCCUGUUCCUUAUUUCUCUAUUGUACUUUGCAUAUGUAUACAUGUGUGCCAUGACACCCAUGUGGAAGUCAGAGAACAGCUUUUGGGAGUUGGCUUUCCUUGCAAGUGCCAGGAUUGAACUCAGGCUGCUAGGUGUUUUAGUUAGGAUUUUACUGCUGUGAUCAGACACCGUGACCAAGGCAACUCUUAUAAGGACAUUUAAUUGGGGCUGGCUUACAGGUUCAGAGGUCCAGUCCGUUAUCAUCAAGGAGAGAGCAUGGCAGCAUCUGGGCAGACAUGGUGCAGGAGGAGCUGAGAGUCCUACAUCUUCAUCUGAAGCCAGCCAGGAGGAGACUGGCUCCCAUGUGGUUAGGAGUAGAAGAUCUAGGACCAGCUCUUGAACUUCUAAGGAUCAGCGUUUGCUCAGUAUCCUCACUUUGGCUUCAGUUGUCAUCCAGACUUACUUGGCUGUGUCUGUCUCCUGCCCUCGUCCAGGGCCAGCUAUUUCAGAGAGAGCAGGUCUCCAGGAACAGUUCCCGGAGAACCACCUUUCUGUCUUGAGUCUCUGAAACUGACUACUCUUGUUACUCCAUUAAUUUGUGAUGCUGCUGGUACGUUACAGAACAUACAUUUAUGGAUUUAUUUUCCAUUCUUAUACUGGAAAUCAUGGAUGUGUCUUAAUUGAGGAAACUGUUUUACGUGUGGCAGGCUGCUGGCAAGUCACCAGAGACGUCACCCUUGUUGGUUUCCAGUCUUAUUUCGUGAUCUUCUUGGCGGCAGUCAUUCCUGUUCCUAUCCCGUGUGCACCCAGCAGAGCUUGUGCGUCCUUGGGUGCCACUGGGUAGAAACGUGACACUUCAGGUCAUCUGUGUAUCGCAGCAGAGCCCUCAGCCUGCUCAUCACUCGGGGAAGAGAACACCCAUGUGCUGUGGAGAUGAACGGCGAGCAGCAGCUUGAUGCAGAUCUCGGGUCUGGUGUAGAAGUAGAGGAGUUCAGCUGGGAAGAUUAUCUGGAAGAGACAGGCGCCACCACAGCUCCCUAUGCAUCGUUUAAACAUGUGGAUAUAUGUUUGCAAAGUGGGUUUGCCCCUGGGAUGAAGCUGGAGGUGGCUCUGAGGAAGGACCCUGAAACUUACUGGGUGGCCACCGUCAUUACGGCCUGUGAGCAGCUGCUCCUGCUCCGCUACGAAGGCUAUGGGGAGGACCGGAAGGCAGACUUCUGGUGCGACAUCAGGAGAGCUGGCCUCUACCCCAUCGGCUGGUGUCAGCAGAACAAGAAGACCCUCGAAGCUCCCGAAGGCAUCAGAGAUAAAGUGUCUGACUGGAGUGCAUUCCUACAGCGGACCCUGACAGGAGCCUGUGGUCCCCCUGUGGCUCUGCUAGAGGGCCUCCGUAACGGAAGGAAUCCUUUAGAUCUCAUUGCUCCGGGAUCCAGACUAGAAUGCCAAGAUUUUCGGGACUCUGUAAGCACGUGGAUAGUUACUGUUGUGGAGAACAUUGGAGGACGGUUGAAGCUGCAGUAUGAAGGACUUGAAAGGCAUGAUGGUUUUGAACACUGGCUAUAUUACUUAGAUCCGUUUCUUCAUCACAUUGGCUGGGCUGCUCAGCAAGGAUACGAACUCCAGCCCCCAUUAGCCAUCAGGCAUCUGAAAAAUGAAGCUGACUGGCAAGAGAUUUUGGCCAGAGUGAAAGAGGAGGAGCCAUUACCCUCUUACUUAUUUAAGGAUAAGCAAGUUAUUAGAACCCAUGAGUUUUCUAUAAACAUGAAGUUGGAAGCUGUGGACCCAUGGUCUCCUUUUGGGAUUUCUCCUGCUACAAUUGCUAAGGUUUUUGAUGAUAAGUACUUUCUAGUGGAAAUAGAUGACCUUCGACCAGAAGACCACGCAAGGCGGUCAUUUGUGUGCCAUGCUAACAGUCCUGGCAUCUUUCCUGUGCAGUGGAGUCUAAAGAAUGGUUUACACAUCAACCCUCCUCCAGGCUUCCGGAGCCAGGACUUUGACUGGGCCGACUACCUCAAGCAGUGUGGUGCUGAAGCCGCUCCCCAGAAGUGCUUCCCGCAGUCAGUGUCUGAGCACCAGUUCAAGGAGAACAUGAAGCUGGAGGCAGUGAACCCUCUCUUCCCUGAAGAAGUGAGCAUAGCCACCGUGACUGCAGUGAGAGGCUCUUACCUGUGGCUCCAGCUGGAAGGUUCUAAGAAGCCUGUACCCGAGUUUAUUGUAAGUGUGGAGUCGAUGAAUAUAUUUCCUUUGGGCUGGUGUGAAACCAAUGGCCAUCCUCUCAGUACUCCUCGCCGGGCACGAGGGCAUAAACUGAGGAAAAUUGCAGUGGUUCAACCCGAAAAACAAAUACUGUCUUCAAGAACUGUCCAUGAAGGCCUGAAGAAUCAGCUGAACUCCCCCCACUCAGUGAUGAUCAAUGGAAAAUACUGUUGUCCAAAGAUAUACUUCAACCACCGUUGCUUCUCAGGGCCGUAUCUUAAUAAAGGAAGAAUUGCUGAGCUGCCUCAGUGUGUAGGACCUGGGAACUGUGUUCUGGUCCUUAGAGAGGUCCUUACUUUGCUUAUCAACGCAGCAUACAAGCCCAGCCGUGUCCUCCGAGAGCUCCAGCUGGACAAAGACUCUGUGUGGCAUGGGUGUGGAGAAGUCCUGAAGGCCAAAUAUAAAGGGAAGAGCUACCGAGCUACUGUUGAGAUAGUGAGAACAGCGGACCGAGUGACGGAAUUCUGCCGGCAAACAUGUAUCAAACUGGAAUGCUGUCCCAACCUCUUUGGUCCACGCAUGGUUCUGGACACAUGCUCUGAGAACUGCUCUGUCCUGACGAAGACCAAAUACACACACUAUUAUGGAAAGAAGAAAAAUAAAAGAAUUGGGAGACCACCCGGUGGGCAUAGUAAUUUAUCUUGUGCCCUGAAAAAAACCAGUAAGAGGAGAAAAAGGCGGAAAAAUAUUUUUGUUCAUAAGAAGAAACGCUCUUCUGCAUCUGUUGACAAUACCCCAGUGGGCUCACCCCAGGGAAGCGGGGGUGAGGAUGAGGAUGAUGCCGAUGACGGAGAUGAUGAUUCGCUCACUGAGGGCAGUACAUCUGAGCAACAGGACGAGUUACAUGAAGAGUCUGAGGUGUCAGAAAAAAAAUCAUGCUCCCCUUCUCCCACCCAGAGUGAGAUGUCCACCCCACUGCCCCCAGACACACAGACGGAUAAAAGAGAGGCCCAGACUUCCUCACUCUCAGAUGGUGAAAACAAGCCUCCUUCACCAAAGGAAAUAAGAAUUGAAGUUGAUGAAAGGCUUCACCUGGACAGUAACCCACUGAAGUGGAGUGUGGCCGACGUCGUGCGGUUCAUCAGGUCCACCGACUGCGCUCCGUUGGCAAGAAUAUUCCUUGAUCAGGAAAUUGAUGGGCAGGCCCUCUUGCUCCUUACCCUCCCCACUGUUCAAGAGUGCAUGGACUUAAAGUUGGGCCCCGCCAUCAAGCUCUGCCAUCACAUAGAGAGAAUCAAGUUUGCGUUCUAUGAGCAGUUUGCCAACUGAGAAGGACAAGCAGACUGAGCUGGGUCUUUGAAGCACAGUGCAGCAAGCCCUUUGCCCUGCUCUACGGGCAGCUGCAGUCGUCCUGGGCUAUCGGCCUGCAAGUGCUGGCUUGCUAUCUUUGCACUUUCAGGGAAGGAGGGAGCAAAAAGAGCACAAAAUGGCUCUCCUGCAAUGGAAUUGUGGACUUCUGUUUAGAAGAUUCCAGUUUAAAAGUCGUGAGGAAGAAAAAAAACCCUUAAAAGUCUGAGUGACCAUUAACGGGACCUGAAAUCAAAGAAUGACUGUGACAGCUGGACCACACCAAUUUGGUUAUUUUCAUUCUGUUCCUUCCCUCUGUAGAUUGAACUCUGUUCUCUGCUUUCUCUUUGUUGAAAAAAGAGGACAUAGCUUUAAGUCGGCACUGGCUUGGGAUGGUGCCUAAGGCACGGCAGUGCCCCACUGUUGUUGUGUUUUUAAGCUUUUCUAAAUUAAAGCAGUUCAUUUUGGGGAUACUGAAGUGGCUCUAGGGUUUUGAAUGUAUAGUCACACUUCGAUCCAUUUUAAAAUCUGUCUUAGGAGUUCCUUUGUUUACUACCUCUGUUGAUGACUGCGCUUACAGCCAUGAGUGACAUUUUUUGUACGAUGCCAUUUUUAAGCUGAAUGCUAAAACUAUGACAGAAAUUAGAGACGGCACUGCCUGCUUUUUUAAAGGUAUCGUGUCAGCACCUACACCCCAGCCCCUUCACCAGCUGUCCUAGGAAUUCCACUCUUGUGUCCUCCAUUGUCACCCAGUUUUGGCCACCGCUGUUAAGUGGCUUUACAAAGUAUUUCAGUCUUCACUCCCCCCCCCCCACCCGUUAUUUCUGAAAGGUAUUUAAGUGGCUUUGGUUUUAUGCUUAGUUUUCUGUAGAGUUGUUUAACUACCUCUGUUUAAUUUCUGGAAUUUCUACUCUCAGUGAAAAUGAGUGUGUGUUCUUUGGACCCACUGUCGAGCCCAUUUUUCUGGUUUUCUGGGUAUGUCCAAGUAGACACAUGGCAGAGAAAUGUGUCUUUGGGGAUGGCACAAAGUAUGAAGUUUGUUAACAGUGUCCUCGGUUGUGAGUACUGAGAGGUAGUUAAGAGUCUAUGACCACGCUACCCGAAAUGUCCCCAUCUUCUCUCCUCUGGAAAGCUAAGCAGGGCCUGGUUGGUACUUGGAUGGGAGAUGUGGUUAAGAAGUCUAGAAAUCUCUGUCUAGCCACGGUUAUGCCUGUCUUCAGUUAAGCCAAUUUAAAUUGAAUGUCAUUACAGUCUGAAGAUUCCCACUCAGUAGCUCAUUCUUUUGAAGUUUUUCUUUUUCUUUUUAAUUAAACUCAAGUUGACAUGAAGCUCCAGGUGAAUUUUCACUUACAAUGGCGUUGUUCAGUUAUUACCGAAGAAUAGCAUUUGAUCUACCACAGCCAGGAGUAAAGAAAGACAUGCAGACACAGUUGCCUCCUUUAAAGUUUUCCUUGUUGAUUAUUUAUUUAUUUAUUUUUGAUUACCCUAAUCCCUACAGAUUUAUACCCUAAACAUUUUUCCUCAAGAAUUGAAAAUGUUUUAAAACUGCAAACGGAGUAAAUUCUGAACAAGCAUACAAAUAUAAGGUCAUAUCAUUACAAACUUAAAUUGUGAUUUUUUUUCUUUUCUCACCUCAACUCCACCUGUUUUUAUGGACCCUGGGAACGUCUGUAGUGUGGAUCCCCCUCUUCCUUGGAUAACCGUCUAACCGAGUCUUAAAGCAGCAGCUCUUCACAUAGGCCACCAGCAGGUGUCUCUGGGAAGAAGCUUCAUUUAAGUAAUGGUUCAGUUAUUUGAGCUUUCUUAGAGAUCCAUCUUCUAAAAACAUAAUUCUCUGAUGCCAUGGAGAGAGGCAGACAUGGUACUAGGGAGCAGAUUGGCAGACUGACAUGCGUGGCUCUUCUUAGAAUCUCCGGAGACUGCAGGAGUUGAGUCACUGAUACAAAGGGGAGUCAUGAGAGGACAUAGAACCCAUGCCUACAGGGUCUCACACUGUUACCUUAGUGAAAUGAAAGGGGACAGCAUUGACUCUAAUUUACCUCUCUCCUUGACUCAGAUCACAGAACGUAGAGCUACCAGAGAUAACAGGUAUUCUGUCUGGAAGGUGAAGCACACGACCCAAGGCCUGAGUGGGGCUGGGGGCUGGGGGGAAACACAACAGUCUUGUCUUAGGCUACCAUAAUUACUCAAUCUCUGUGUAAGUUAGACAAGAGGAGGGCUUCCCUGAAUAUGUCUUGCACUUGUGUUGGGAUACCAUACACUUGACAGUCCUAGCAAAGAAUCAUCUAUCCCAACUUUCUUCACACAGAAGAGGACAAUUAAAUGGGGAUUUUGCAGAGGACCUUUAAGUAUAAAAUUCUAAUCUCAAACUGGGUACGGUGAUAUUCACCUUUAAUCCCAAUAUUUGGGAAGAGGAAAUGGGGAAUCAGAAGUCUAAGAUCAACCUUGGCUACAUAGUGAAUUCUAGGCUAGCCCAGGUUAUGUGCGAUCCUGCCUUUUUUAAAGAUUGUUUUCAUUUCAUGUAUCUAUAAAGAUACAAAGGUUAGGCUAGGUAGCAGUAAUGGUUAUGAUGCUGGGGUGUUUUAAGUUUGAUGAUAGCUUGCAUUGUUGGGGUAAAUAGUUUACAUGUUACACAUUUGUAUGGGAAACUGUCUCUGAGACAGCCAGCCUCAAAAUUCAUAGAUGUUUGCUGUAAGGAGACUCUUUGUCUAGAGUUCACCUGCAGUUGUUCUCAUAGCUUGCCUGCAGUCAAGUUUUUUAUGAUCCACCUUAAACCUGGUUGACAAACUUAGAAAUACAUGAACAGACUAUAUUGUCCUCCUAGACCUCAAGACUUAACAGACCCAAACUAGACUUUACAGCUAUAUUGGUCUUCUAGGGAAACCUUCAACUGUAUGUGCAGAUUAGUUCUGAUAUUUUGACUAUAUAUGCUGUUUCCCUUUGUGAAAUGUCUUUGUCCUUUUUAAAUAUAGGAGAUACAUUAAUGGAGCCCUUUAAUUACAUCUUUAGCCUUUCUUUAGCAAUGUACACAGCUCCCUGUUUUUAUAAUACAGGCGUAGGAAGGGUACUAGCCAAGCUCUAGAAGUGAAGAUCUUGGUAAAUAUUUAUUGAAUUUUAAUAGAGGCAGGCAUAGAAAACCAGUUCAGAGUUUGACCUUUGUAUGUCUCUUCGAGAGAUAAAAGUAUUUUCACUGUGAGGGAAAGGGCAUUCGACCAAAGCUUCCUGAAGACUUGAAUACCUUUUACAUGCUCUUUGGAACCACUGUAGUUACUAAUGUGAAGCCUGAAGAAGGCAGAUAGGACUCAAAACAUCCCACCCCUCGCAAGCCAACACUGUUUCCAAGAGACACAGAAAAUGAGGCAGUCUAAACCAUAGGUGGUAGCACUGUAAAAACUAUUGUAGAAUCAUGAAAACUGUUACUGGGACUUAUUCUUAGCUGGCACCUCUCACCAAAGCUUACAUUGAAGAGAUCUUGUCCAGUCUGAGUGACUGCCACCAGUGCUGGGAGAGUCCUUAGACUGUGAAAGUAACACUGAGUUUGAACUUGCCUUACACACUGGGAAUAUUCUCUGUGUACAAAGUCACACACGUUCCUACGCGUUCUUGUGAAGAAGUGAAGUAGAGAACUUGGGCAGACAAGAUGAUCACUUUGUAAACUUGGAUGUCUCUGGUCCUAGGACCUUGGUAAGUUCUGUGUCUUGUGACCGUGAUGCUGGCUCAGAAACUCUGUAAGAACAGAGCCUCCUGUACAACCAAGAAAUGAUGGUCACUUUCCUGCCAUUGGCUUCAUUUUAAAUGUUUUACUCGUGAACAUUGAUGACUGCUUUGUGUGAGAAUGUAUGUACUUGGGGAGUUUGAAUUUAUUCUAAUAAGCUACCUGUUGACCUGGAGUUUCAUUCUAAGGAUUCUAAGCUCAAAGCGCAGUCCAGAUGGAUCUGGUUCCAGGUGCACUCACUUGUACUGUCUUCAGCCACAAAGGUCAGAAUCACAAGAACCAGCAACACCAGGGUGAAGGUUUGUAGGGGAGGUUGGGGGAUUAAAGUAGCUCUAAAACUCUCUUACUUUUUCUGAUGAGGCUGGUGUGGUGGGUACAAUGGCCUACCAUGGCGAAGUGUUAUGAAAGAGACAAGCAACGGAUUCACCAGACAGUUGUCAUUACCAGCAGUAAAGUGUGGAAUGGAGCCAUGGGAAACAAGGAAGCAAGCAAGGGAGGGAGGGAACUUCUGACAGAGAAACAGUGUCACCAUUGCUGAGGUGUGAGAGAGGAACUUCUCUCCGUGUGUGGAAACUCAGGCCGUAGGGCUCCUGUAGGGCUUAUUCUGUCUAGCUUGGCAGAAUUGAGGGGGUCACAUAAUGUCACAACAAGGUUAUAGACUUUAAGGGCAGGUCACAACGCAGAUGAUCAGCAGAGGACACAGACAUUUACAAAGCCCAGGCUGGGGUAAAGCAGGCAGUCUCCUGUCCCCUUUUGUAAGAGUUUUAAGUGCUCGUGUUUCCCUCCCACUUCCCUCCCUAAAGACAAUCAGGGGCUCGCCAGGAUGGGACUCCAGGCUGCUUCCAGCACCGUCCUUAGCCCUCUCUCCAGUACUCUCUCUUUGGAAGAAAUGCACUUUGUUUAAUGUAUUUGCCUUUAAAAAACCAAAACAAGUUGCUUGUCUGGAACAAAAUGAGAUGCUUUUGGCACUGUAUCAUUCCUGCUUGCUGUUUUUCCUCUUAAUUUAAAAUUUUAUGCAUUGAAGACAAAGUACAUUUAAGGAGAAAUAUGCACAAGAAUACCUAUUAAAAUAACUCCCAUCAGGUUUGAUGGUAUAAUUUUAAAGGAUUAAAAACAAAACAAAACUAUUUUGAAUGAA